UGUUUCCAAUAUCUGGAAUCUAGACACGCGCGUAAGGUACAAGUUCAUUGAAUUCUGCGUCAUCACUAGUUUAUUAUUAUUAUCAUAGUCAUAUAUAUUUAUAUAUUAUUUCAUCUUAAAAAAAAUCCAUACAAGCAAACGUGCAGUUUGCAAUCACCCGCUGAGGGAUGACGGUGACGUCAUUAAUCGAAAACAAAACAAAUUAUUUAUUUUAAUAAUUUUCCUUUCUAAGCUGGACCAGCCACAACAAAAUGGCGGGAAUAUGAACAAUCAAAAUAAAAUUAAAUUUAAAAAGAUGAUCAAAAGACAAAGGACGAGGCACAAUAGUAGAUCAAAAAUGCCCGACUAGAACUAGGAUUAAAUAAAAAAAUCUAAAACUGGAUUUAGAAGUAGAACUACGUCACUAAUCUAGAUAACAAUAGACUUAAAAAUCGCAAAUAAAUAGUGAAAAUGAGUCAUGCACAACAGCAUGUACUGGCAAGUGCAAUAGUACUGGCACUAAUAGUAGUUUGUGGUAUUCAUGUCUUCCUAUUUCCGAUGUACACAUCAACACCACAACUACGACACACUAAAAUAAUGGCCUACGAGCAAGCAAUGUGUCGUACAACUUUCAAAAAUAAUAAUUUUAAAUUAAAAACUUAUAAACAAAUUGACGGAUAUGACGAAGACGAGGAUGGAUGGAACAGAAAUUCAUGUCCCAAAUUCGGAAUUGUUUCGGCAGCUCAAGGUGGCCGUCUUGGAAAUCAAAUAUGGGAGUACGCUUCUGUUUGGGCGACUGCUAGACGAACUGGAUUGGAACCAUUUAUGCCUAGAUGUAUUUUGAAAACUCUACAAGAACAUUUUGAAAAUUUGAGCAUCCCGCCGUUGAGUUACAUCGGCAAGUGUACACUCGAUGUCGGACAGGUUGUUAAUUCUCUUGGCCAAUGGAACAGUACCCAGCAAACUAUUAUCAUUCCCAGACACGCAGCCUACUGGAGUCUAAUAUUAGUUUGGCUAGACGACGUCCGCCGUGAGUUCACUUUCAAGCCAUUCCUGAAACAAUACGCGUCAAUGCUGCUAAAAAAUUUAUCAGUGCGUUUUAACGUAAAAGAACCAACAUACGUCGGCAUCCAUGUCCGCAGAACAGAUUACGUCGAUUAUUUAUGGCAAAAGUUAAAAGUUAAACCCGCACCAGCACGUUAUUAUCUAACAGCAAUGAAUUAUUUUAAUAAUAAAUAUAAAAAUGUCAUAUUUGUUGUCGCUAGUGACAGUAUCAGUUGGUGUAAACAUCAUCUUAAGAGUAAUAAAUAUAACAUUGAUUUCAUAUCCGACAUUGAUGCCCACGCACCUGGUAAAGAUUUAGCUGUACUAUCAACUUGUAAUCACAGUAUUAUUGAUUACGGUACUUAUGGUUCAUUUGCGGCAUUGCUAUCUGCCGGUGAAACAAUUGUUUAUAAUGUUACUGCAUAUUUUUCGACGAUGAUUGCUGAGGUUUUGCCCAAUUGGCGGGUUAUGAGUUAAAAAAUUACAAUUUCAUUUUUUUUCAUACGUUCGGUAUUUAGUUUUUUUUUUAUUUUAAAUGAAUUUAAUGAAAUAUAGGGACGAUAUUUAAUUAGUAAUUAACAAGGUCCACUUUUUGCUAUUUGAAUAUUUUAAAUUUUUCUAUACAAUCUGAUGUAAGUGUGCAUAUAUGGUCAUAUGUGAUCAUAUAUGAUCAUAUGUGAUCGUAUAUGAUCAUACAUUUUUACAAUCAUAAAUGAUUAAUCAGGCGAUUUUUCUUUGUGUAAUCGGAAGUAAAUGAUCAUUAUGAUCACAUAUGACGACAUAUGAUCAUAUGUGAUCAUAUAUAUCUGAUCAUAAAUAAUUUAUCAGAAGAAUUUUUAUAUGUAAUCGAAAGUAAGUCUUUAUAUAUGAUAAUAUGUUAUUAUAUACUCUUAUAUGACCACAAAUAUGAGCAUAUGUGGUCAUAUAUGAGUAUAUGUGAUCAUAUAUGAGCAGAUGUGAUCAUAUAUGACCAGAUAUUGUCAUGCAUGUGAUCAGAUGGUAAUAUAUGAUUACAUAUCUGGUCGUACAUAUAAUCAGAUAUGGUCAUACAUAAUUAUAUAUUGACAUAUAUAUGAACAAAUGUGGUCGUAUAUGAUCAAUAAUUGUUAUAUAUGAUCAAAUAUGUUCACAGAUGAUUAAAUAUUGCCAUAUAUGAUUAAAUAUUGUCAUAUAUAUGAGCAGAUAUGGUCAUAUAUAAUCAGAUAUUGUCAUAUAUUAAUCUUAUACAGUCAUAUAUGAACAGAUGUGGUCAUAUAUGACUAGAUAUAUUGUCAUAUAUGAUCACAUGCUGUCACAUAUGAUCAGAUAUUUCAUAUAUAAUUAAAUAUUGCAGUAUAUAUGAGCAGAUAUGGUCACAUAUAAUCAGAUAUUGCCAUAUAUGAGCAGAUGUUGCCAUAUAUGAGCAGAUAUGGUCACAUAUAAUCAGAUAUUGCCAAAUAUGAUCGGAUAUGGUCAUAUACAUGGACAUAUGGUCGCAUAUGAUCAUAAAUGGUCAUAUAUGAUUAAAUACUGUCAUAUAUACGAGCAUAUAUGGUCGUAUAUGAUCCGAUAUUGCCAAGUAUGACUAGAUAUUGUCAUAUAUGAUCAGAUAUGGCCAGAUAUGUUCAUAUAUGGUUAUAUAUAUGAUCAUAUGUGGUCAUAUAAGUUCUUAAUUCGUUUUUUUCCUAAAAAAGAAAAUUUUUAGUGAAUAAAAAAAAAAUUCCUCAUGAUAAAAUUGAAUUUUAUAAAAUUUAGAAGUGGACCUUUUUAAUGAUAGAGAAAUACCAAAAAAAAUACAAUCGGAUAACAAAAAAAUAUAUACUCGUGUACAAUGAUUUAAUCUGUGAUUCUCUUUCUUAUUGUGCCAAAAAUAAAUAUAAUAAAUUUUCAAUAUUUAAUAAUCUUAUAUAUAUUAAAUCAAAAAAAAAAUUAUAUAUAAAUAUAUAAAUUAUUGACUUGAAAAAUUAUCAGUCUUAAAUAAAAUUAACAGUCUUGUAGAAAAAAUAAAUAGCAAAAAAAAAAAGUAUUAUUUUUUUUUAACGGGCAAAAAAAUCAAAUUUUGAAUCUCAAAAAUUUAUAAUAAUUAAUUUAUUUACAAAAAUAAUAUUAUUUUGAGUUUUUAAAUUUACAAGUCUGUUGAUAAUUUAAGUUUACUAUAAAUUAUGAUAAUUUAAAUUUAAUCAGUUGCCAGUUCAAAGAAUUUGCUUUAAUUGAAAAAUGGAAAGUUGGAUAGUAAAAAAAAAAAAAUAUA